AUGUCCUCAGAAAACUGGGAUGACAGUAAAAUAAAGAAACAAGAUGCCCCAACACAUUGUGGCCUUCACUGUUGUAAGGAUGGGCCAAUAAGAAAUGGCCAUAUUGGGCAGCGGCCACCCUCUAUCAACCCUGAGAGACUAAAAGAUUUUGGUGAGGAGGACUACCUGAACGGGGAUGUGAAGACCUGGGAAAUGAAGAUAGUGAGCCGUAACGAGGAGUUGCUUGGGGAUGCCCUUUCCCGAAUCCCUCAGUCAAGCAGUAGGACCAGCCCGUCAAGCUAUAACAAGCUGAUUCGAUUUGAAGACAUUAGUGCAGCAGCUUUCAAAAUCCAGUGUGGUGUUCAGAAGACACCUUGCAUGUAUUCUAGGCUAUCAAAGCAGUAUGGACUGGACAUCUACCUAAAGAAAGAGUUCCUCCAGUACACAGGAUCUGUGAAGGAACGAGGUGUGUUCUAUCUUCUGACAUCAUUGCCUCAGGAUCAGCAAAGAAAGGGGGUGAUCGUGGCUUCGGACAGUAACUUUUCCAUGGCUGUUGCUUACCAUGCCUCAGAGCUCCAUAUUCCAGUGUUUGUCAUCAUGUCAACCAGCACUUCCCCUGCCAGAGUGAAAAUGUGCCGUGAGUACGGUGCCAUGGUUAUCUCCUAUGGCACCACAGCCAAGGAUUCCCAGACACAUGCAAGAAGGCUGGCACAGGAGAACAACUAUCUCUACCUUGAAGAGGAAGACAGUGCUGUCUACCUGUCCGGGCUGGGAACUGUGGGACUGGAGAUUUACGAGCAGGUGCCAAAGCUGGAUGCAGUGAUUUUCCCUGCAGGAGGGCACUGCGGCUUGCUGGCAGGGUCAGCUGCUGCACUCAAACAUCUCAACCCACAUAUUUCUGUGAUUGGUGUUGAAUCUGAAAGUUUUCCUGUGUUACAACAAUCGUUAAGGGCUGGCCACCCAACUGAAGAACAGGCUUGCAGCAAUCAUCACUUUUAUGGAGAUGUGAGUGGACCUUGCUUUGGCAGCAAUUCUUUGCAGCUGACUGGGAAACUUGUAGAUAAAGUUGUUGCUGUGAGAGAGGAAGACAUCCUCAUUUCAAUGCUGAGAUUGCUGGAGUACGAGCGAGCCACAGUUGAUGCAGAAGGGGCCAUCGGACUUGCAGCUUUGAUUGCUGGGAAGCUGCCAGAGUUGAAGGGUAAAAGAGUGGCAAUUGCUGUAUGCAGUGGAAACUUGGAAUUGCAUUUGCUGCAACAGUGCAUAGCUCGUGCCCUGACCCUUGAUAACAGAGUGUGCAGGUUUUCCCUUGUUCUUUCUGACUGCCCAGGAGAUGUUGCAAAGUUACUGGAGAUUCUGGCUCGGGAGGAGGCAAGAGUAUUGGAUAUCAAACAAGAACGCUUGUUUGUGACAUCUGAGCUCUUCACUGUUGAGGUCACCUGCACUGUAGAGACUAGAGACAAAAUCCACACAGCUCAGCUGAGAAACGCUCUCCUGGAACGCUACCCAGCAGCAAAGUGGACUGAACGGUGAUGCAAAGCACUAGGGAAAGUGCUGAGGCUCUUCAACAAAUAUUUGACAGAGCACUAACCUUGAGGCAUUCAGAAAAAACUUUAUCUUUCAAAACUGAAAAGUUAGCAAAUAGUUCCAGGACAUUUAUUUCCUGUUCAAAAUGUAGUGAGUGUCUUUGGGAAUAAAGUUAAAUGCAAAAUUUCAACUUAGCGAAAGGAAAUUUUAUAGUCUCUACUGGUGUUGGAAUUCAAUAAUGCAUUAUCAGCUGGCUAUCUGGAUUUUGACUAGUAUGUAGAAUCUAAUGGCAUUCAAUAAAUAAAUAGGGAGAAGGUAUUUUUCUUUAUAUCUGAAUAUAGACCUCUCACAGGUCUUUUGAUUUUGAUGCCCCAAGUUAAAGUAAGUAGUGCAGCUCCUUCUGCUGGAAUUUGCCAUAUUACUAGUAUAGUCAUUUUAAAUGCUCAAGCCAGAAGCAGCUCUUCAUUUGCUGAAUCUGCUUCG